AUGGGGACACUAUUUGGCAUGACAGGCCCCCUGGAGGUCAGGGCCCUUGGGCACAUGCCCUGGGUGCCCGCUUCCAAUCUGACACAAGGAACCGAAUGGACCACUAAGAGAACAACGGAGCUCACUGCUACGUCUCUGGAGCGAGGGAAGAAACCUCACAGCCCCCCUGCCUCCCAGCUUCCCAGCCGCCCAGCCUCCCAGCUUCCCAGCCACCAAGCCUCCCAGCCCCCCUGCCUCCCAGCCUCCCAGCCUCCCAGCCUCCCUGCCCCCCAGCUUCCCAGCCCCCCUGCCUCCCAGCCACCCUACCUCCAAGCCUCACAGCCCCCCAGCCUCCCAGCUUCCCAGCCGCCAAGCCUCCCAGCCCCCCUGCCUCCCAGCUUCCCAGCCGCCCAGCCUCCCAGCUUCCCAGCCGCCAAGCCUCCCAGCCUCCCUGCCCCCCUGCCUCCCAGCUUCCCAGCCCCCCUGCCUCCCAGCCCCCCUGCCUCCCAGCCUCACAGCCCCCCUGCCUCCCAGCCUCACAGCCCCCCUGCCUCCCAGCUUCCCAGCCGCCCAGCCUCCCAGCUUCCCAGCCGCCAAGCCUCCCAGCCUCCCUGCCGCCCAGCCUCCCAGCUUCCCAGCCUCCCAGCCGCCAAGCCUCCCAGCCACCCUACCACCAAGCAUCCCAGCCGCCCUACCUUCCAGCCUGCCAGAGGCCCUACCUCCCUGCAACUCUACCUCCCUGCCUCCCAGCAACUCUACCUCCCUGCCUACCAGCCUCCCAGCCACUCUACCUCCCUGCCUCCCAGCCACUCUACCUCCCUGCCUCCCAGCCACUCUACCUCCCUGCCUCCCAGCCACUCUACCUCCCUGCCUCCCAGCCACUCUACCUCCCAGCCACUCUGCCUCCCAGCCACUCUACCUCCCAGCCUCCCAGCCACUCUACCUACCAGCCACUCUACCUCCCUGCCUACCAGCCACUCUACCUCCCUGCCUCCCAGCCACUCUUCCUCCCUGCCUCCCAGCCACUCUACCUCCCUGCCUACCAGCCACUCUACCUCCCUGCCUCCCAGCCACUCUACCUCCCUGCCUACCAGCCACUCUCCCUCCCUGCCUACCAGCCACUCUACCUCCCUGCAUCCCAGCCACUCUACCUCCCAGCCACUCUACCUCCCAGCCACUCUACCUCCCAGCCACUCUACCUCCCAGCCUACCAGCCACUCUACCUCCCAGCCACUCUACCUCCCUGCCUACCAGCCACUCUACCUCCCAGCCUCCCAGCCACUCUACCUCCCAGCCACUCUACCUCCCUGCCUACCAGCCACUCUACCUCCCAGCCACUCUACCUCCCUGCCUACCAGCCACUCUACCUCCCAGCCUCCCAGCCACUCUACCUCCCAGCCACUCUACCUCCCAGCCACUCUACCUCCCUGCCUACCAGCCACUCUACCUCCCAGCCACUCUACCUCCCUGCCUACCAGCCACUCUACCUCCCAGCCUCCCAGCCACUCUACCUCCCAGCCACUCUACCUCCCUGCCUACCAGCCACUCUACCUCCCUGCCUCCCAGCCACUCUACCUCCCUGCCUCCCAGCCACUCUACCUCCCUGCCUCCCUGCCUCCCAGCCACUCUACCUCCCUGCCUCACAGCCACUCUUCCUCCCUGCCUCGCAGCCACUCUUCCUCCCUGCCUCCCAGCCACUCUACCUCCCUGCCUCCCAGCCACCCUACCUCCCUGCCUCAAAGCCACUCUACCUCCCAGCCUCAAAGCCACCCUACCUCCCUGCCUCCCAGCCACUCUUCCUCCCAGCCUCCCAGCCACCCAGUCUCUCACCCUGCCUCCCACCCACCCUACCUCCCUGCCACCUAG